UGGACCUGAGUCAUCGCGUCUCCUUGGAACCGGCUCGUUCCAGGACUCAUGCCCUUUUCUCCAGCCCCCGUAUUAUAAACAAGUGUUUAAAAAAUACAGUGAAUUGUUAAAUUACCUCAGUCACAUGAUUGGCCUGACCUCCAUAAGUCACACGAUAAUUUUCAUUUGUCCAGUGGAUUUGCGCGAAAAACUGCGAUGUCUCAAUCUCUAGUGUAAACAAAUAAAUCUCCAUGCUGGAUUUGGUUUUGGCGGGAAGUGUUUGAAUAUGCGGGAACGAGUGGAUUUAAACAAGUUGGAGACUGUCUUUUACUUCAUCGCCUGGAGUGGAGGGAUAUUUUAUGGACUGUACCAACUGUUUUUGGCUGGAGUUUAUUUCGAAGACUACGACGAUGCCUUCAACGACUUUGGCCCCGGGUGGUCCUGGGUGGGACGUAAACGAGACAUCUCCGACAUCGAGUGGUCCCUCUGGAUUCCUUUCAUGUACCAGCUCAUCCCCUGGGUGACACUUCACCUGACAUUCUCACAGUACCUGAAGUGGUCCGAAUGCAGUAGCACGAUAAUCUGCUGCUGGUACAUCGCAAUAUCAGUUGCAUUCCUGUGUUAUUACGCUGGUGGUGUCGCCAUGAUAUUCCUCCUCACCCAGCCCUGCAUCGCCUGUCUGUUGACAUCCUUCAGGAGCAAGAGAAUCGCCUAUGUCAUUCACUUUGCCACUCUCGGAGUCAUUCAGCUGAGCCCUACCUUGGAAAUUGUCAUACAGGACUGGCUGAUGCUCCAGGAGGACGUCUACCAGAUGAUUGUCAUCGCUGUUUGUUGGAUGCAACUGAGAACCAUCAGCUGUAGCAUCGAUAACAUCACUGAUUACAAGCACAGGAAUAUUGUGGGAUUCCUGAAGAAUUUUAUUCAGAGCACAGCUUAUUGUUUGUAUCUCCCCACGUUGUUCCUGGGUCCUUUUGUACUUUAUAGCGAUUUUAUCAGAGGGAUAGAAGGACCUUUUAAACCGUGGACAUUCCGACGCAUUAGUAUUUUUAUAUUGAACAUAACGCGCUUUACUUUCUGGAUAUUCUUCACUGACUUGAGCAUGCAUUUUAUCUACUGUAAUGCCCUGCAAUAUCACCCGGACUUCGUGGCCCAAUUAAAUCCUUGGGCUUUUUAUGCUAUGGGCUACGCCAUGGGACAGUAUUUCCUGAACAAAUACGUCGUUUUUUAUGGAACUUAUGGGGAAAUUAGCAGAGCUGAUGAUAUCAAUGCACCACCACCUCCAAAGUGCAUUGGGAGAAUUCAUCUGUACUCGGAGAUGUGGAAGCACUUCGACAGGGGGUUAUAUCAAUUUCUCAUCAGAUACAUUUACGUGCCCAUUGCAUCGAUGGAAAUUCCACUGAAGAAAAUCCUGGCCUCCUUCAUAUCCUUUGGAUUUGUAUUCCUGUGGCACGGCGUUCAGUUGUUUAUCUUCACCUGGUCUUUCCUGAAUUUCCUGGGUCUUACCAUCGAGGGAAUCGCCAGAUCAGUGGGCAACACCCCUGGCUUCAUCGACUGGGAGGAGAAGUGGUUGACCUCGAAGAAUAUUCGAAGAUUUCACUGCAUGCUAGCCAGUCCCUUGCUAGCACUCUCCGCAAUAUCGAAUUUUUAUUUUUUCGCUGGUCAGGAUAUCGGGAAUAUUUUUAUAUACAGAAUUUUUCAUGACUCCCCGAAAGCAGUGGGAAUUUUAUUGUUCCUCCUCUACUGCUGCUGUCAAGUGUCCACAGAAAUGAAAAAUCGCGAGACGGGAAGAGAGACGAAAACCGAUCAUGAUGACAUCGAAAAAAGAAUGUGACAAAUCAUAAAAACAUCGGGAUUUUAUUAUAGAAUUGUUAAUAAUAUAGACUCUAUGCACAAUUAUACACACACCGUCGGUUAUUUCUUUUCAGGAGAGUAUUUUGAUAAAUUAAAAACCACAUGUGAA